UCCCUCUCUCCAUCCCCACCGAGGCUCUCCGGGCUACUUUGCGCAUGCACGGCCAGUCAGACAGAGCAUUGCAUCGACUCCAAGAUGGCGAAAACACGUCUGGCUUGCCUCCUGACUCUCCUCUCAACUCACUGCUACUUCAGUGUGCUAGCAGUGGUGCUGAGAACAAAUAAUGACUCACCAUGGACAGAUGAGUUCGACAAAAUUGAGCUAUCAUGUUUGAUUGAGUCAAUUUCUACAACUAAUCCCAGAAUUGAAUGGAAGAAGAUAACAAAUGAGGGACCAAGUUAUGUUUACUUUGACAAGAAAAUCUCAGGUGACCUGGAGAACAGAGCAGUGAUCAGAGAACCGGCCACAUUACUGAUAACCAAUGCCACAAGAUCGGACACAGCAAAGUAUCGGUGUGAGGUCACCGCUGCUGAUGACCAGAAGUCAUUUGAUGAGAUUGUGAUUGACCUUGUUGUAAGAGUAAAGCCAGUGGUGCCAAAAUGCAGUGUUCCAAAAUCGGUGCCUUUUGGGAAGUCAGCUGAGCUGAGCUGUGUGGAGGAGGAGGGCUUCCCCAAGUCCCAGUACCAGUGGUUCAAGAACAGGGAGGAGAUUCCAGACGACCCGAAGACCAGCCUCAAGUUCUUCAACUCCUCAUACGCGCUCAACGCAGAAACAGGAACUCUGAAGUUCAUUGCAGUCAGAAAAGAAGACGCAGGCGAGUACUUUUGUCGAGCGAAGAAUGAUGCAGGAUAUGCCGAGUGUGCAGCCCAGAAGAUGGAAGUCUAUGAUAUUGAUCUUCUGGGGAUUAUACUGGGAGUGUUAGUAGUGGUCAUAGUGCUCUUAUGCAUAACGGUGGGGAUCUGCUGUGCAUACAAGCAAGGCUACUUCUCAAGCCAAAAACAGACGGGGAACAAUUACAAAGUUCCAGCUAAAGGGGAUGGAGUGGACUAUGUCAGGACGGAGGAUGAGGGAGACUUCCGACACAAGUCAUCGUUUGUGAUCUAAGAAGGGAGAAGGUGUGGGAGUGUUGUGCUGAGGAAAGACGUGAGGUGUGGGCGUGUCCUACACGCUGUCCAACCACGGAGCUGCCACAGGUCACGCUCAGGCUCUCAGCACCACUGAAAUCCAACUACUCAAGUUUGCCAAAGGUGACAGGAUUUCACAGGACAACAUGUCAAAACAGUACAUGCGUAGGGACUGAGAAUAAUUUAACUUUAUCACCCUCAACUGAGUUCUUUUGCUAAAUUAUGGAGUUGUUACUUUACAGUUAUUGCAUGGUUUCAAACACUAAUCAAGGUGGAGAAAAGGAAACAUUUCUUUGUUCUGCCAGGUAGAAAAGGAGGAGUCUCUCUCCUCUCCAGUCUGUCGUGACACUUUUCUACUGUAAACAUUUCGCUUCAAACCUUUUGUCAUUUGUAUAACAUUUCUUUUCUACUGUUGACAGACUAUUUUUGAUGGAAUAUAUUUUAAAAUGCCUAUAGAUAAAGGUUUACUUUUUUAAAUAUUUGUAAAAUACUAACAUGUGGUUUUUUUUCUUUGUUUUUAUUUGGUUGUGGAUAAAAUUAUGUAACACUUUAACCACUUUGCAUCAAGCUGUAAGCAUUUACACCUUUGCAUUCAGGAGAAAGAAAGACAAAUGAAAACUGACUUGUAUUAGCAUAUCAAGAUGUGCUUGUUGAUGGGCGGUCUUACAUAUUGAGUUACUGCGCUGGCAUUACCCAGUUUCUGUUGUGAGAGACUUCCAUGUUAAUGUUUGUAGAUAGUCUUAGAGGCUUUUAAGAGUGCCAGUCAAAUGCUGUGAAACACUGUACACAAUCAGUGCUGCGUUUUCUUGAUUUUAAGUGUCCUUCUAUGCUUGCUGUUAAUCUUGUAUAUAUUGAAGUUCCUGUCAGGAUACUGACAGGGUUUCCUGUCAUACAUAUGUUCAGUAUCACACUAGAAUAAAAAUAGUGAGAAUAAUACAGGGUUUGUAAGUUAACCUUCCAGACCCAAAAGGAAACUAGAGGAAGAUGAUUGUGAAAAGCCAAAAACGAGACACGGUACCGAGUAAAAGCCUCGAUUUAGAUUUGAUGCAGAAAUACAACCUGACAUACGGAACAGAAGCCUCUCUGAAGCCUAUUAUCAGAACGUAGGUAUUUUAACGAUCGAUUCGCCUAUUUUCAGCUGUAAUUUCUAAAGGUACCGCCAGCGUGAGUGAAAACGCCCCAGCUCUGCAGCAGAUACACAGUGCGGUACACCGUGUACACAAUCUUUAAUAUGAAUCCUAGUUGAUAUUUACCGAUUUCCAGUGUGACAACAAAAAGUUUCUUUUUUCUAGGACGUAGAGCUAACUCGUAGUCGUGACUAGAUGUGUUUAAAUUGAAAAGAGAAAUCAGUGCAGUUUUGGCUGCAGCUCGUGUUCUUCUCAUUCCUCUCAUGCCAAGCUGAAGGCAGACCGUGCUGACCCUAGAUCAGUGUUACAGUGAUAUACAGCUGGAGGGUGGGUGGGUUCUGGUGGGUUAACAGUUGUACUGAUUGUAAAUAGGUGUUUAUUUUUUCUCUCUCUCAAGAUUAUGUAAAGUGGUGAAAAGUGUAAAAAAAAAAAUCCCGUUUGAGGCGAUAUGAAACUCUUUCCAUUUGUAAGACUGAAGGUAGCAUUUUAUACGAUCAUUCAGAACACGUGAACAAGAGCUUCAGCUAAGGAAGGUAUUCAGAACAGACAGCUCUCUGCUUCAAGUUCUGUUACUUUUGGUACCAACCAGAUUUUAAAAAACAAAACAAAAAAAAAAAAAAACACCUGAAUCAGGAUUCAUGGAACCUCCACACAGCUCAGAAGAAUCUCUUGUUCAGCUGUGAUGAAUGUUUUCCAAUCAGCAAUGCAGUGAAAUGUUAACCGAAUAUCAGUCGUGGUAGAGACGAUCUGCCCAACAUUUGCACAUCAACACUGCUCGGUCGAAGUGAACAUGUUGCAUUAAGGAACCAAAAGACUACUUGUCUGAGUGUACUAUUAACCCAAUCAGGUCGCAGAUGAUUCCUGUUGCAGGUACAUAACAGACGCAUAAAUCGCCCCUCCUCAUUUGUACAAAGUUCAUUCCUCUUAAGUGCCUUCAACCUUCAAAGUAGUUCAGUUUCUCUCCAGCGAGUUACGCUCUCUCACUUUGUACCUUUCUACGCUACCGUCGCAGACUUUUCCGUUCAUUUAGCAACAAGCACGGCGUUUGAGAGGAAUGAUGUCACUGCAAAUUUCCGCUUCCCUUCUUUACAUAUCUGCAAAUUUGUAAAUAGCUUUUUUUCAUAGGUUUGAAGGUGUAGACAUGUUGAAGUAGAAAUAAAAAAUAAUAGUGCCUAAACAUAGUGGGAAUUAUUUUUGGUAAAUACACAUAGCACUAUUAGGCCAACAAAAAAAUAAAGAAAUAAAACGGAUACCCAGAGCAGAGACUUUUUUUCCUAUCAAACUGACGUCUGGUUUUCAUUUAUAACAGCGACCAUGUAAGGGAUUGUACUUUGAAAUCCUCCACAUGUCCAAACAUUGAGAGUUGACUCUGUUUUCUCUGCUGUAGCUGCAGCUGUAUCAAAGUUGUAACUGUUCAGGUGUCAUGUGCAUUUCAACAACAGACAGGUGUUGAUAUAGAGCAGCUACAUGCAGGCGUACAUUUACCCAUCAAGCUGUCCUGAUCCAGAGUGUCUGUAGGCUGGGUGUUUACGAAGAGGCAGCAGUGGUACAGAUUAUACCCACUAUCUUGGUUAUUAGAGUAAGAGAUGGAAACAUCAUGUAGAUGAUUUUACUGAACCAGUCGCACAUACAGGAGAAUGUCCAUUUGGGGCCUGCUAGGGUUGUUUUUGUUCAUUUUAGAACCACUCUAUUUGUGAUUAAUAAAACUCACUUCUAAUAUUACUGGA